AUGGCACUACUUUUCAACUUACAGUUUUCUCGUUGGACUUUUUACAAACACCUUUCGCCGCGUAAAUAUACAACGCUCUGUCAGCACAAUUCCACCGCCAAUUUAUCCCAUUUCGUAACCCUAACUUCCCGCCAGAAAGACCAGAUUCAUCUCUACGUCGAUACACUUCUUCAAUGGAACAAGCGCAUGAAUCUAUCCGCAGUAAAAGAAGUAAAUGAAGUCAUGGAAAGACACAUCGAGGAUUCCCUUGCGAUUUUGCCUCCGUUAAGCGAUAAUUAUAUCAGUCACUGCAGCAAUUCCAUCGAUAAGCUCAAACUCGUGGAUGUUGGAACUGGUGCAGGUCUUCCUGGAGUAGUUUUGGCUAUAGCUCGACCAGAUUGGGAUGUAACGCUGAUGGAGUCUAUGAACAAGCGGUGCGUCUUCUUGGAGCACGUUGUUGGUGUUAUAGGUUCCACCAAUGUUCAAAUUGUAAGAGGAAGAGCAGAGAGUUUGGGGCAGGAUCUUUGCUUCAGAGAGAAAUUUGACAUAGCAGUAGCCAGGGCAGUUGCAGAGACGAGAAUAUUAGCUGAGUAUUGUCUUCCGUUGGUUCGUGUUGGGGGAAUGUUCAUUGCUGCCAAGGGUCAUGAUCCUGAGGGUGAAGUUAAAAAAGCUGAAAGCGCCAUCAAGAAAAUGGGCGCAUCAUUAUUGCAAGUAUGCUCAGUGGAAUCGCAAAGCCCAUAUGGUCAGCGUACUGCCGUCAUAUGUCUAAAGGAUCGGCACACCCCAAUGAAAUAUCCCCGUGCUCCUGGUACACCAACCAAAGAACCAUUGUAA